GCACACUCCCAACAACGGAUAUCAACAACACCCCCACCGCAACCAACUCAACGCUUCUUGAGCAGCUCGCCUUGCUUCUCUUGCCUGACGCGGUUUGCGUUGCUUUGAGGGCGUCAUGACGUCCUUGCGGCGUGCAAGCGAAGAGGACCGUGACCACGAAGGCCACGAUGAAACAGAUAUGCACAACGUAUUUGAGAUUGUGGACUUCUCCACCGCCACGGACUGGGAGAAGGUGACAGCCGAGUUUGAGCGCGCCUUUCGUGCGUGGAAGCUGCACACUCUCGACUCAAAGGCCGUCAAGCCGCACAAUGUGCGUGCGACGGAGCCGAUUGAGGCCAAGCUGGCCGGGCGCAAGUACCGCGUGUCGUUCAAGACAACAGCACGAGCAGCACCGCGCCCCGUCUCCAGCGAGAUGCUGCGUCGACUCGAUGCCUCCUUCCACGGAGAGGCGCCUGGUGUGAUGCGGUGGGCGCUGGCCACAAACUUUGACUUUGAUCCAGAUGCUCAUGUCAUCCAAGCAAGGCUUGGCAUCCCGGAGUUUGUCGUGUUGGAGCCGGCAGAAACAACAUACGGAGACAAGAUUUCGGUGUCUGAAUCGAAGAUGCUGCUGAGUGCCCUGGUGACGGCAGCAGCAAAUGUUGGCAUGGACAUUCCCGUCUUCACACAAGUGUUUGAGGCGCGGUCGAAGCAGUUUUUCGGGCACUGCGCAGGUCUUGGGUGGAGCAUCACAUAUGAUGGCGUACAGCUGCCUGUGGUGCCGAAGGCGAACGCACACAUCCAAGGCCUACUCACCCUCUUCCACUCCAAGCUGACCCACCUCACCUCGCACGUCAAGGCAUACGUCAGCGUCAAGUUCACAUACAGCGUCCGCAACUGGAUGCUCGACUGGGCGAGGUCGUCACCCGGCAGCAUCGAGGGCAAACCAGCGGAGCAGCGCUACCACGCCCCCGUCCGCCUUCCCGUCGGCGCUCUCGGCGAAUCCCUCGACUGCCUGUAUUUGGCGUGUGCGUGGCCGCACUUUCGCGAAGACGUGCUGCUGGACGACAGCCUCCACUCUGAGCUGACCCCAACAACCGCGCCCUCGUGGUGGCUCUCUGUGGAGCGACGCAAGAAGCGCCCGCGAUGCAAGCUCGAACGCAUGUUGCGCAACUUCAUGGAGCUCUGUCACACCACCGCAACCUUCAAAGAACUCCUUGGAUCAAGCGCAUACGUCGACGAGGAUGAGGACACGCCUGAUCUGGGGCGCAACGCACUUCGCGCGCUGACAAAACCGCAGCCGGGCAGCGGUAUCGCAGACGACGUCGUCAAGGCUGGGCGAACGCUCGGUGCACGGUUCGGUACAGUCGUCGGGCAGACGGUGCGACACGUGAGGACAGCGCGCACCUCCGACAGCGGUGAUGGGUCGGCGCUGGAGAGUAAAGAGAUUGAUGACAUUCUGGGGCACAUGUUCAUCCACCAGGAUGACUGGAGCGAGAAGCACGCAGCCGCGUGGCUGAUGGACCGGUGCAAGACGGCACCGAAGCAAGGCCUGUUGCACCGUCUCGCCACGUACAUGGCCUGUGUUGACACGUACAGCGGCGGCCUGGAGUCUGUCGCCACCCUGUGGAGCGAGUUUGUCAUGGAAAUCAGGUGGCACUGGGAGAACCUCAAGCCGCUGCCGCGAAUGCCAAAUCGCGCGGCGCCGGACAUGACGUCCUGUCUUCUGCAGCAGAAACUGGAGCUCAUCAACACCUGCAUCAAGCGCAAGAAAGACAGACAAGCGUCGCGCUCCAGCGAAACCACUGACCAAGGCGCGAGCAAACGCGAAGGGGGUGGUGGCAGAGACGACCACCACAACCACAACCACGACGACGACGACGACGACGACGAUGAUGAUGAUGAUGGUGAUGAUGACGAGUUUUUCGUGUGUCCGGAGGACGAGGAAGGUGUGAAGAAGCGACUGCAAGACCUCAAGCGUCGCGCAGCAGAAAACCCAGAGCAAUUCGCUGCGCGAGAGGAAACGAUGGCGAAACCGCUCGGUGUCAAGGAGGUGCACCCAACGUUGGUGCUGCUUGACAGCGACGCGCCGCUGAACAUUCCGCGGACACAGGAGCCUGGACCGCUCACAGAGGAUAUGGUGACACGACAGCUGGCGCAGAUGGCGGAGAUGGGCGAUUCUGAACAAGCAGCAGCGCUGCGUGCACAGAUGCAGAGCACGUCGCUUCGAUCGGAUAUGGAGGCGUUCAAGGCGGCCAAUCCAGGGUGCAAGCUCGGCGAUUUCAUCCGGUGGCAUUCUCCCAAGGACUGGGUCAAGGACGAGGAAACUGGGGAGACCGGACUGAGCGAGCGCAUGCGCGAUCCAAAGAACCUGUGGCACGCGCUGUGGCGUGAUGCGCUCCCCGUGCCCGUGAGCCAGCAACGCCUGCUGUUUGACGUGACAGCAGAGGCAGAGGGCGCGCUGACGUAUCUGGAGAACAUCACCAUGCAGGACCUUGCCCGCCAGUUGUUUCCCAGCCUGCUUGAAGAAGUAUACGCACGACUGCAAGAUGAGGUGAAGGAAGAGGCGAGCCCAGCAUCGCUGGCAGUGCUGCACGCAAGCUUGAAGCAUCUGUCAUCGCGCCUGGGCCACAACUUGGACGAGGACAUUGAUCGCUACGAGGACAUUAUCGCGCGGUUUGCAGAGGUGGAGCACGAGUUGUCUGUGUUCUCCUCUCUCGUUCGCCAGCUCGGUCCCAACCAGAUCCCACUAUGCGAGCAGCUCCUGAACGACGGCCGCUGCCUCGUCCUGGAGGAGUCCCACCGCGAUGCUGUGCUGAGGGUGUUUGCAUCCUUCGCCAACGAGAACGACUUGCCUCGGCCAGAGCGCCGCGAAUUCAUCUUCCGGGCCAUCGCAGACCAAGGUGCAUAUCGGAUGUACGCAUCCCUCCAGGACCACUCUUUUGAUAUUGCGGGUGCCUUCACCGCACCGCAGCUGGUGUGAUGCGCUCAAUCCAGUGUGAGCGUUGGGCUUGAUAACUGUGCUGGCAAUGUUCGGUCUUGGUGUUCGUCUGGUAAGACGUGAUAGAAACAGUGCCGUCCUCCACAAUCAAGUAAAGAAAUGAGCAACCGC